AUGCCCAAGGCAGCCAAGAGCAAAGGCAAGCAUGCCGAUUUCCAGAAAACCAAGCUGAAACUUGGCAAGGGCAAACAGCAGGCCAACAAUGCCACCGACACCUCGUUCCGCUCUCGAACCAUCGCACUGCCCCAGCAGAGCAUCAACAAGGACAACUCGACCCGUCUCGUCACCAGCCGCAAUCUCGGGGUCACCGAGCUGGCACAGCAGCUUCGACAUUUUGGCGCGGGCGUGCGCAAAGAGGCCGUCAAUGGCAUCCGCGAGAUUCUCUCUCUUCACCCGAUCCUCAUCCGAACCGCCGUCGGUCAGCUGAUCCCGGACAUCUGCAAGGUCCUCUCCGACGAUGACCCGGCCGUCCGGCGCAACCUCUACUCACUCCUUGGAUGGUACCUGCCCCAGAUUCCGCCCAACCUCUUGGCGCCUUAUCUGAAUGCGCUCCUACUUUUCACCGCCUCGGCUCUCAGCCACAUUUAUCCGGAGGUCCGCAUCGACGCCAUCAAGAUCCUCGACGUUCUCGUCCAGAUAGCACCGCACGCGACUACGACAGGCUGGCAGAACGCCAUCGACGCUUUCAUUCGCCCGCCUCCGCCUAGCUUCGCAUCUUGCCCGUCCGGUCCCAGCUCCGGCCCGGCUUCGACCGCGAACACGGCUGCUGCUGCUGCUGCGGAUGGCCACUCAACGACGCACGGAGAGCGGUUCAUGAAUUGCUACCUCAACCUCCUCGGCAUCACCCGCCGUACCGGAGCUUUCGGCCCUAGUUCACACAGCGGCAAGGCGCAAAGCACACAGCAGCGCACCUCCUCGACCACCAUCACCGAUCUCGCACCCGCCGCAAAGCUGCUCAUCCUCAAAAGUCUCAGGAAUUUCCUUGCGGCUGCCGCUUCGCCAGCUGCACCGACGACAUCCUCGACAGCCGCCGAAGCGGCCUCUGCAUCGCGGUCCGCGGUGACAACGGCUUCGGCGGCGCCAACCCAGGACUGCCCGACCUGGUUCUUCCGUCCGAGCUUCCGCGACGACGCCGAGUUUGAAACGUUCGAAGGCCUAAUGCGCCCUGACCUCCGCAGGCGGUGUAACCGGAACUUUGUGCGGGUCGACAGCGGCCACAGCGCGUCUUCGGCCGCGGCGGAGCCAUUGACUGACGGCGAAAACAACGCAAGCGCCAGCAAGCGGCAAAAGAGGCGACACGAUGCGACAGCUCUUGCCGAUGCCAGCACCUUACCCGACUUUCUCUCUAUCGGCCUCGGUCCUGGCUGUCUGAUCAACGUCGGCGACACUGCAGGCCGGAGCUGGGCCACUGGCGACCUCUUCGCCUCCCUGAUGAAGGCCGCGCUUGCCCCGUCGGAUCUGCCACCACGACUCGGACAGCGGCCAGUCGGCGGGACAGACGCCACUCCCGAUGCCACCAUCUCGCCCUCUCUACACCUCUUCUCUCUGCUGCAGCCGGUCAUGGUCGCCACCUUCCUUGACAGCGCGCCGUCUGCCUUCCGCCCAGGCAUGGACCUCCAAGCGCUUUCUUCCGCAUCCCGCAGCGCCGCAUCCCAUCAGAACGCUGGGCUACCUGUGCAAGCCGAGAUCGUGUCGCAUCUCGUGGCGCUGUGCAUCACACUCUGGCGGGCAUCGAUUGCAAGGUCUCCGACUUCGUCGGGCGAUGUCGCUUCGCCCAUCGCAUCCUCGCGCGCACAUCGGAGCGAGCUUGCUGGCCUCCUUGGACAUGCUUCUCCCUACUUUCCCUUCAGCCAACACGGAUCGCCAGCGGCCGGAUCGCUGGUCGCGACACUCUCCCAAAAGGCACGCGCGAUGCUCACCGAGAUGGAUCUCGCCUUCUGUGAGCUGACUGCGCUCCUCGCUCUAAGCAUGGGCCCCGAUGGGCGCGCCGCCGAGGCAAAGGCACAUGCAGGCGGAGGCAGCAGCCACAGCAAGAGCAGGGCCAAGAUCAACCUCGCCGUGCAGCUGGCAACCGUCUCGGACUUCAUCUCCCAACUCCUCAAGUCUGCUCCCACAUCUAGCGGGGGCGCUGAAGCUGCCAACAUCGUGAGCUUGUCCGGAAGCAACAGCAUCGGGUCAGCGCCUUUGGACCCGACCACGUACGAGUCGUUGCUACCCACCGUUUGGCUGCUGCUCAACACCGGAUCCACCGCCGCCCCGCCAGCAGCAAGCAUAGCGGGCGAGACGGACGAGGUCGAGUCAGAUCGAGUAUCUUCAGACCUCUUUGAAGCCGUCGUCGAGCACUACUCGCGGAGUGGGAGCUCGAGCAAGGUCAAGGCGCUUGCCUUUGAGUUCAUCGCCAGGCUCUGCACGCUCCAGACCUUUGCCUCGUACGAUGCCUCCCGGGACGGCAGUCGGUUCACGAUCCGGCCGGGUAGCAAUCGACUGCGAGACGCGAUGGGACGGUGGAUUCUGGGCCUUCCGCGGUACCUCUGGGAAGCCACCUCUUCGCUGUCGUCCUCACCGACCAGCCUCCAGACCACUGGUGCAGCGACGACAUCGGCACCCCACAAGGUGCUGGAGCUGCUGCGGUACCUCGUCGUGGUGUCCAGUCCGUCGAGCAACACCACGGGUCUUCGUCUGACGGCCAAGGAGCUCGAAUCGCUGCGCAGGAAGCUCGUCCCGUUCUUUUGCGUCGAGCAUCCCGUCAAGAAGGUCAACGUCGAGGGCCCAUUUGCCAGGCUGCGCACCGCAGAGGAGAUUCGAGAGGCGACGUCGCUCGUCGAGUGGCUGAGCAGCGGCGAUGCUGGCAGGACACAGCAUGAGACGGGGUCGGUCGAUGCGGCCGGUGUCCGAUUGGCAGCCCUGCUUCGGUGUUAG